AUGUCACAAACCAUUCUACCUGGCUCGGACAUCAAGCCAUGGACCCGCCCCGCACCGCAGGGAUAUAAAUUCAUCAACGCCAACGUCGUCGAUGUUGAAUCAGGCAAAAUCAAAGAAAACACAACCCUCAUAGCCACCGAAGGCAGAAUAACAUAUGUCGGCCCAGAAUCAUCCAUCCCAGCCUUACAAACCAAACUCCAAACAGUAGACUGCCAAGGCAAAUACCUCUGCCCCGGUUUAUUUGAUGCCCAUGUGCAUCUAUGCGCAGUCCCAGGCUUCAGCGACUUAUCCAAAGCCUUUGGAAACCCAAAUGACGUCCAACUCUUACGCCAGCCUUACACAGCCUCGCAGAUGCUGCACCGCGGCUUCACCAGCAUCCGCGAUUGUGGCGGUGCCCAGCUUGCUUUGAAAGAAGCUAUCGAAGACGGCGUCUUCCCCGGCCCACGCAUAUUCAUUGCAGGACAUGCCCUCUCGCAAUUUGGUGGCCAUGGUGAUCUGCGCGGCCCGCACGAGGCUACGGCAUGCUGUGGCGGUACCCAUAGCAAUAAUCACUUGGGCCGUAUGUGCAACGGUGUGCCGGAGUGCAUGGCUGCGGUCCGUGAGGAGAUUCGCUGCGGUGCGGACUUUAUCAAGAUUAUGGGCUCUGGUGGUGUGGCUUCGCCAACGGAUAAGCUGGAGCAUCUGCAGUUUACAGCCGCAGAGAUUCAGGCCAUGGUGGAAUGUGCCGAUAAUGCUGGCACUUUUGUCACCGCUCAUGCAUACACCGUCAAGGCUAUCCGGCAUUGUAUCGAUAAUGGUGUCCGUGGUAUUGAACAUGGGAACUUCGUCGAUCCAUCCACUGCAAAGUUGAUGGCGGAGAAGGGAGUCUACUUGACCCCUACACUUAUCACGUAUGCUCAGAUGGCUUCCGAGCGGUGGAAGAACUAUCUGCCCAUUGAGUCUCAGACAAAGAACUCGAUCGUGUUGAAGUCCGGUCUUGAGGCUUUGAGGGUUGCCUCGGAGGCUGGUGUGAUUAUGUGUUAUGGCUCUGAUUUGCUGGGCUCGAUGGGCUCUGCGCAGACCCAUGAAUUUGCACUGCGAUCGCAGGUUUUGUCGUCACUGGAGAUCCUGCGUAGUGCUACUGUGAAUCCAGCGACGAUGAUGGGAUACGCGGAUGAGCUAGGUCAAAUCAAGGAGGGAUUCUAUGCUGACCUCGUGAUUCUAAAUAAGAAUCCGCUUGAAGAUGUGACCGUCUUUGAUAAGCCUGAUGAACAUGUGCUGGGCGUGAUGAAGGAUGGUCGUGUCUAUAAAAGUAGGUGGGAUGCGUUGCUAGAGGAUGGUCAUAUUCCCGUGAGAGUACAAUGA